UCUAAGAGUUUUAACCACGUGGUAUGGUUAAAAGAUUCAGCAAUGGUCUGCAACCUUUAGUCCCCCUCCUACUGGAGAAAAACAUGGUCUCCUGAUAAUUUCUCAAAGUGGGGUUUUAUUCAGAAUGACAGAAGAGGGCUGUCUCAGGAUGUCUUACCCUAACUGGGCUCAGGGGCAGUCUGAUUUAGUUCAAAUCAAAAAGGAAUUGUAUUUUCCUUCAUUAAACAGUCCACAAUCAUAUUACACCAUUAUUCAAACAGUAUCAUCCUCACUCAUUCAUCUUAUACAACAAUUAGAUGUAAAACCUCAUAUCUGAGGCUAUUAUAUAAACAGCGUUAUGGUAAUGUGGCCACACCGUCUCUCUUGAGCUUCCCAAAUUGCGACAAACGCACCAGUUCAUAGCUGGAUUCUUCACUGAUCUUUUACACUUUCUCUGAAACAUGAAAUUUGUUCAUACCUCACGUUCUGUGAGGUGGAAGGAUUUCCUUUGUCUCCAUGAAAACUACUCUCUAUAACUGUGUGUCCAUGAGGCAGGGUCUUCCUUAGGAAUUUACGACCUCACUCUGCCCACAGCAGAUGUACUCAAAGAGGGCAACAUCAUGACACAGGUUUCAGCACAUUCAUAAUCCCUCUUCUUUAAUUCCUUAUUAAAUCCAUAUCAAACCAUAAGAAUAGGCCUUUUAUGCAGAGAAAAGUCAAAUCAACUGUCUGUACUCGGAGUAGGCUACACAGUGAGAGCAUGUGCAAUUUACAUGUUGAAUGGCUUUCAAUAUCUGGGAAAAUAUCAACAUCGGGCAGCAGGUGAGCAAGUGUCAGAAUGUGGUGAUGAGGCUUGUGGAACCUUACCUUGGUAAGGGAGGAUCGUCACUAUGGACAAUUUCUUCCUUUGUUGGCAAACAAGUUGCUUACAAAGAUAACAAGUCUGGCUGGCACCAUGAACAAAGUGAGAUGGGAGCUCCCUCCCUUUGCCCAAAAUAAGGCUCCUUGGCAGCCGUUGCACUCCACAAGUGCUGAAGAAUGACAAGGGGACAGGGACACAAUAAAGAGAAAACAGGAGACAUUUACACACUACAACCAAACAAAGUAUGUCAAAGUGUGACAAGCAAGAAAGUUAUGACGAUUUUGCCAUCUGUUAGAACCAGGGAUAACAGCUAAAUGAAAUCCAACUGAUGCCAUUGGUGAAUACACACAAGCACAAGCUGACAAUAAUUGACUAUUUUUGACUGCUGUCGUGUGAUACUUAUAUUCAUUACAAUGCCAUUAUUGAGUUUCACUAUUUAUCAAGGCCACUUGGCCCUUAUAAUGAUGCUUAGGCUACUGAUGUUGUCAUCAUUUGACCGCGCGUCUUGAGUGGUCUGGGUGGUUGAGGUAUUUUACUUUUUAUUUUGUUUUUAUAAAAAUAAGCUGUUACCAUGUUCCAACACAUAUACUUUCUGUUUCAUAGUUUUAACAAAGUCACUCCACAAAUAAAAUUGAUGUAAUGCUUGAAUGUUUGUGUUUUUUAGUUUGUACAUACAAAACUAACUACAUACAAACUACAUAUAAACGAAUGAAAAUGCUAUUGUGUUAUUUAAAAUAAAAUAAAAAUGGUAAUCUAAUGUUGUUACCCAAGGCCUUCAUAAACACAACCAAAAUAUUAUUUUUGCUUUAGCAUGCUGUAUAUAAAAUGUAUUAAUUACACUGUUAGAAUGUUGCUGUCAGAAUGACUGCUCAUUAGUUUAAAGGGGGGACCUUGAGGCCCAGCAGUUAUAGUGUAAUGUAACCUAUGUUGAUUGGCCAUCCAGAGCCCCCCUUCAUUUUCCUGGAGAUGUUGAGAAGAAGAGCAGCACAGUCAUCUGGACCAGAGCCUGAAUCUCUUGACUGCCCCCCUGAAACUCCUGACAACAGAGAGAUGAGAGACUCUCCCACAGCCCCACUGACUGACAGAACAGACCAGGAGGUGGAGGAUCACACAGACAACUUGUCUCCAAUAGAUCAAAUGGCUGACAUGCACCAAACCAGGAGUCAGAAAUGGAAAGUGGUUUUGAUCAUCCUGUGUCUGUCUGUCACAGUAUCUGUCACACUGUCUUCCCCAUUGGUGACUUUCAGGACCAACUCUACUCAAGCUCACUCCCUUCCUCCCCCUGUUCCCUCUAUCUGCCCUCUUCACACAGCCAAUGAGACUAUAACACCAGUCAAGGGUUCAACUCAUCUAAUGGUGUCUGCAUACCAGGACCACAGGGAAAGGGGAGCCACGCGCAUCAUUGCCAUGGUCAACAGAGACCGACCCAUGUCUCUGUACUGUGUGUUGUGCUGCUCAGGACACGCCCCCCAGGUCGCUCCAGCUGCUGUCGUAAUGCACAGCGUCCACUAUGGUUACCCGUAUGUGGCCGCAGACAUGCUUUGCCUCGAAGAACCAGGAUGCAACGCCACACACGUCACUCUUGGCACAUCCCUCGACAUCCAGGACUCCCUCAACCAGACAUUUCUGAGCAUCCAGAACCGGGAGAGACAGGAGGAGGACUUCCCCUUUCACCUCACCGUGUGCAUGUCCAGCAUGUUUGGAGACUACAACAACGUCCAACAGUUUGUCCAGACCAUGGAGUUUUACAAGCUCCUGGGGGUGCGGAGGGUUGUCCUCUACCUCACCAGCUGUGGACCUGACCUGGAGAAGGUCCUCCAGUACUACGCAGAGGAGGGCACUCUGGAGGUGAUUGGCUGGCCCAUCAACAACUUCCUCAAGCCCUCUACUGGGUGGAAGGCCCAGGAGCUGGAAGGGGAUAUUCACCUCAACGGCCAGCUGACCAUCAUGAACGAGUGCAUCUACAGGAACAUGUACAGGUCACGGUACGUCCUCCUGGCUGACGUUGAUCAGCUCCUGGUCCCGGCCUCACACAGCUCUCUUCUGCCCCUCAUGGAGGACCUGCAGGAGCAGCACCCCGACGCAGCCGUGUUCCUGAUGGAGACGCACCUCUUCCCUGCCACAGCCGGUACUGCUACGCAAGACCAUUCCGCACGGAGAAGGGCGCCGGGGGUGGAUCUGCUGGACUAUGUCUACAGAGAGCUUGUUCUUGAAGACGCCUUCCGCUCCUACAAGAUGGUGGUCAACCCCCGUCUGGUGCUGCAGACGGCCAUGUUUGAGGUGACACAGAGCUAUGGGGACUCUGUCAGGGUUCCAUCCGACGUGUGUAAGAUCAUGCAGGUGAAAGAGGCUCAGAGAGAAAGCUGGACCAAUGAGCAGCUGAUCCUCGACAGAAGGCUCUGGGAAUUUGGAGAUUAUCUUGUGCCCUCUGUCGAUGAAGUUUUACAGAAAUUAGGAAUUCAGACAUCUCCUUGGGAGCGUGUAGUACUGUAGUUGGUUAAAAGCUUUCCAAUGUUUUUCAUUUGAUAGAGAUGAGAGAAACAGUGAAUGAACUGUUACCUGCCUCUGAUCUUCAGUCUAUGUUGUUCCACUCAACCCUGAACUUUUCUUCUUGUUUGGAUGUGUGGUCAUUUUUCCUGGGGGAAUUGAACUUAAUUAAUUAUGCCUAUAAUUGUUACUGCUUGUUCUAAACUUUCUUACCGUUUUUAAUGCUGACUUUCAUGUAAAAGCUCUUGUAAGAUUUAUUACGCAUGACAAAUAAACUUUUUUUAAAUCAAGAUGCCGUGUUCAUCUACCGUUGUGCUCUAACGGCACCCUUGCACUUUACAAUGGAGUGCAAUAGAGCAGAAUAUUGUGGUUUCUAUUGUCAAAACUGGUUGAAUGGCUAAUUUGACCCUGUAGGCACCUGCAAUUUAUCACCUUUAGUCCAGGCCAUUUGAGUGAAAAAUCAAAAUUUCAGUUUAUAAUUUUUUUUCUUGGUCCUGUGCAGUUAUAAAUCAAACAAAUACUCGUGUGAACACCAAAAGGUUUUUCACUUAUUUUUUUGAAGAAAUAUUGACUCUUGCAAGUGUGCCAAUAUAUUAGAGGACAACUGUAUAGAUGAUAAUCAAGGAAGAGCAUCUAUAUCUCUCCAAACUAGGAUUUAUAUGUAAACUGUCAUUAUAUCCUUCUUUAUUACACAUUAGACAGUAUUUUAAUAAAGAAAUCGAA